AUGCAACUCACGGCAACUCUCAUCUUGACCGCAUUGUGCUCACUCGUAGGCUCCGUGCCAGCGAGCGUCAAAAUCGAUAGACUUGUCAACUCUAUGGGCUCGGGGACACUCUCCCGCAAAGACGUUGCGCGCGCUCGCCAGCUCAAAUCCGGGAGAGCGCGCAACGAUAGCGUGCCGAUCGAGGAUCGGACUUUCUCAUUUUUCAUUCCGAUCCAACUUGGAUGUCCCCCCGCUACAUGUAAGCCGCUCGCCGUCUGGGCCCGCGACGCCGCUCAUGGGACACUCAAAGACAAUGUCAUCCUCGACACCGGCAGCUCCAACACCUGGGUGGGGGCACAGACUAGCCACCCCUACAUCCCAACGCGGUGCUCCAAGCUCACCGGCAACGCUGUUGAAGUCAGCUAUGGUUCUGGAUUCUUCGCUGGAACGGAAUAUAACGACACGCUUGCGCUCGCUAACGCGUUGACUGUGCAGGCCCAAUCGAUCGGGGCUGCCCAAUUUGCGCGGGGCUUCGGUGAAGCGGACGGAAUUCUUGGCCUUGGACCAGAGGAUCUCACGGAGGGCACCCUCACCGGCCCCAACGCGCCCUCGACCAUGCCCACCGUCAGCCAGAACCUGGGCCUCACCACUUUCAGCAUCUUCAUGGCUCCGAUCAACAGCACUGCUGGCGACAAAGGCACGCUCAACUUCGGCCCGGACACUUGUCCAGAUUCGACCCAAUGCAUCGAGGCGCCGCACUUCACGCCCGUGACCACGAGGUCUCCCGCGUCUCACUUCUGGGGAAUCGACUUAGUCAUCUCAUAUGGCGAUGAAACCAUUUUGGCGAGCAGCACGAAUGGCAAGCCGAAUUCCGGCGUCGUGGACUCGGGAACGACAUUAGUCAUCCUUGCCACGGAUGCUUUCAACCUCUAUAUGGCCGCAACUGGCGCGACCCUAGACCCAAAUGUUGGCCUGCUCAAGCUGCCCACGGCCAACUUCGCUGGAAUGAAGGACCUUUGUUUUGCUACUGGCGCGAGUCGAUUUUGCCUCACACCUGAUGCCCAGGUGUGGCCUACGUCGCUCAACACACUCAUAGGCGGCGACACGUCGAGUAUCUAUUUGAUCACAGCGAAUAGUGAGGAGUUGUCUGGUACUGGGCUGGACUACAUCCUCGGACAAAUGUUCCACGAAAGGUUUCUCGUAACAUACGACUUGAGCCAGAACGCGGUUGGGCUGGCAAAGACGCCGUUCACUGCUUCAACCACGAACUGCGGCAGUCUUUGUGCCUGA